AAGAUUACAAAAUAACAGCAGAAGAUUUAAGACAGUGUUUGGGAAAACGUGUUUAAAGAUUGAACAAUAUUUUUUACAUGGGUUGAACUUGAUACCAAUUCAAGAAUCUCACUUACCAGAGAAACCCCAUCGUGAAUUGGGUCAAGGUAACUUGGAGAUUCAAUUUUUAAGCUUCCCAUCACAUUUUACAAGCUACUCUCAAUAGGAAAAAACAAGUUAGAUCUGAUCAAAAUUUGUGAUGGGGUGCUCUUUUUCUGGACUUAACUCAUUAUAUGAUGCUGUUAAUGGAGGUGGUGAUGUUUGGAUCAAUGAAAAUAGAUUCAGAAUCGUAAGGCAGCUUGGAGAAGGUGGAUUUGCUUUUGUAUAUCUUGUUAAGGAGAUUGUUAGCACUGAUGCUUCUUCUGCUGAUGGUGUUGCAAAGAAAUUCAAGAACCCUUCUCAUGUUUCUGAUGAUGGAACAUAUGCAAUGAAAAAAGUUCUAAUCCAAAACAGCGAACAGUUAGAAUUGGUGAGGGAGGAGAUCCGUGUUUCAUCUCUAUUUAGCCACUCAAAUCUGCUUCCUCUCCUCGAUCAUGCUAUCAUCUCAGUGAAGGCCACACCAGAACAAGCUUGGACGCAUGAAGCAUACUUGUUGUUUCCAGUGCACUUGGAUGGAACACUACUGGACAACGCUAAAGUGAUGAAAUCUAAGAAAGAGUUUUUUUCUACUUCGGAUGUUCUCGAAAUUUUUCGACAGCUUUGUGCAGGACUCAAGCAUAUGCACAAUCUUGAUCCUCCAUAUGCACACAAUGAUGUGAAGCCUGGUAAUGUUCUUUUAACACACAGGAAAGGUCAACCACCUCUUGCGAUAUUGAUGGAUUUUGGAAGUGCUCGUCCUGCAAGAAAGCAAAUUCGCUCUCGUUCAGAGGCAUUACAGUUACAGGAAUGGGCAUCUGAGCACUGCUCUGCACCUUACCGAGCUCCUGAGUUAUGGGAUUGCCCUAGCUAUGCUGAUAUUGAUGAAAGAACUGAUAUCUGGUCAUUGGGUUGCACUUUGUAUGCUAUAAUGUAUGGGGUUUCCCCAUUUGAGUAUGCACUUGAUGAAUCUGGAGGAAGCCUUCAGUUAGCAAUUAUAAAUGCUCAGGUAAAGUGGCCAGCUGGGCCUAAUCCUCCAUAUCCAGAGGCGCUUCAUAAGUUUGUUACGUGGAUGCUGCAGCCUCAAGGCACAGUUCGACCAAGGAUAGAUGAUAUCAUCAUUCAUGUCGACAAAUUAGCCGCAAAAUUUUCUCACUGAAGGAUAGAGAAGUUACAAGUGUUUGAAUUAGUUUACACUUUUACGGUCAGAUAUCACUUUACAAAUGAUGUAAGAAACAAUGUUAGUUGACAUGCACGGGUGAUAAACGAUCUGCAUAUAUCUGUAUCUGACAUUGUUCGUUGUGGUGUAGUUUUUGGCUUUUGUACAUUUUAUAUAAAUUUUAUUAAACUAUUUGAUUUUAGAA